UCUGGCAACAUUUUCUUUCUAUUGAUUUUUGUUAUGAAUUCGCGGGCUAAUCUUUCAAAGUAACCAAGGCAGUGAAAAAAUUUAUUAUUUUCUGUUUUAGAAUGGAACCUGGCAUAAUAAAAAAGCUAGAUGAAGCUGUAGUAAAUCGCAUUGCAGCUGGGGAAAUUAUACAAAGACCAGCAAAUGCUUUGAAAGAGCUUAUUGAAAAUAGUUUAGAUGCAAAAUCAAAUUAUAUACAAAUUACCAUCAAAUCAGGUGGCCUUAAAUUGCUACAAAUACAGGACAAUGGGACAGGUAUUCGCAAAGAAGAUUUGGAGAUUGUCUGCGAACGCUUCACUACUUCAAAAUUGACUAAGUUUGAAGAUCUAACCAAUAUUGCGACCUACGGUUUUCGUGGUGAAGCAUUAUCCAGCAUAAGUCACGUAGCGCAUUUGACUAUACAAACAAAAACUGCGCAAGUAGCUUGUGGUUACAAAGCGUGUUAUGAAGAUGGCAAAUUAAAAGCUCCUCCUAAACCAUGUGCUGGCAACCAAGGCACAAUCAUAUCGAUUGAGGAUCUAUUCUACAACAUGCCACAGCGAAAACAAGCUUUAAAGUCACCUGCUGAGGAGUUUCAAAAGUUAUCGGAUGUUGUUUCAAAGUACGCUGUUCAUAAUUCCAAAAUUGGUUUUAUUUUAAAAAAGUUUGGUGAGCAGCCUACAAUAAAAACAAAUGUAGGGAGUACACAGGAACAAAAUAUUCGUUAUAUAUUUGGGGCAAACAUUGCAAAAGAAUUACUGCCAAUAGAAAUCGAAGACAAUAUACAUAAAUUUAGAUUGAAAGGAUGUGUUACUAAAGUAAAUUAUUCAGCAAAAAAAGGCAUAAUGAUGUUGUUUAUUAACCAUCGGUUGGUAGACUCGGCAGCACUUAAAAGUGCCAUAGAUAGUGUAUACAGCGCGUAUUUACCUAAGGGUAUGCAUCCAUUUAUUUACUUAAGUCUUGAUUUGGAACCUACAAAUAUUGACGUAAAUGUACACCCAACAAAACACGAAGUGCAUUUUCUCUAUGAAGACGAUAUCAUCGAAAAAAUCAAAACUUACAUUGAAAUACAAUUGUUGGGCAGCAAUGAUACCCGAGCUUUUUAUAAGCAGUUAAAGUUGCCUGGAGUAGUGGAAAAUAACGAAAAUGAAGAUAAUCGAGGUUCGAAAUCAGAAGUAGAUAAAGUUCAACCGAAAGAAAUAAUACGAACUGAUGCAAAAGAGCAAAAGUUAGAUAAGUUUUUAAUAACCCAGCAAAAUCCUACACAACAUAUAAAGACCGAGUUUAACACGUCGCAAUCUUCAUUAUCACAGUCCAUGAAUGAUGAAAGUUUUCGUGUCACUGCCGCUAACAUUUCAAAAGAAGUUCGUUUAACGAGUGUAUUGAAUAUGCAAAAACGUGUAGAAAAUAAUUGUAGUGUCCAUAUUCGAAAAACCUUAAAAGAGAUGGUUUUCGUGGGCGUUGUCGACAAACAUUUUGCAUUAUUUCAAUAUGAAACAAGGUUGUAUCUUUGCCAUACUUUAAAAUUCUGUGAAGAGCUCUUCUAUCAACGAUUGUUGUUCAAGUUUGAAAAUUUGCCUCAGAUUAAAGUAGAACCUAAACUUCCUAUUAAACAACUAAUUGUAUUAGCACUAAACACUGAAGAAAGUGGUUGGACAGAGGAAGAUGGGGAUAAAUCCGAGUUAGCGUCGCGUGCUGCAACAAUACUGGUAGAGAAAGCAGCUAUAAUGCGCGAAUAUUUCUCAUUAAAUAUAUCUGACAAAGGUGAAUUAGAAACGUUACCUUGUUUGGUAGAAAAUCAUUGCCCAAGCAACAUAUAUCUGCCACUUUUCUUAUUGCGUCUCGCUACGGAUGUUGAGUGGGAAACAGAAGAAGAAUGUUUCGAAACAUUUUGCCGGGAAACAGCACGAUAUUAUACUAUAGUGUCAGAAGUAGAAUUACUGUCUGAUGUAAACCGACAUAAUUGGAUAGUAGAACACAUUAUUUAUCCAGCAAUGAAACGCUACUUGCUGCCCCCAAAUAAAUUGAAAAAAGAAAUGUAUGAACUAACAAGUUUACCAAAAUUAUAUAAAGUGUUUGAACGUUGUUAAUUUCUAAUGAAACAUUGUGUAUUUGCUU